AGCGACCCUGGGUUUAGGGGCAGUCAGCGAAGGGGCAGACAGGGCUUUGAGUUUGUGCAGAGGGCGGAGUGACAGCGAUCCUGCAAAUUUGCGAGAGCUCGGAAUUCGGAAUUGUGCGCAGAGCUGCUCCAUGGACGUGCUUCGACCUCGUCAGGCGGAGAUCCGGUUUUGAUGGUGGCUUCGUCGAUGCAAGAGUUCGCGGGAGGGCAGGGUUUAAGGUCGAGCUUCAUGAAUUCGGAUGAUCCGACGCCUGCUUGAGAUUCGGAGGAAGUGAGUGGAAAUUGCUUCGAACAAAUUUUGGACGUCACCCUCUCUCUAGGUCGAAUCGACGCUGGAAUUAAUUUCGCACUCGUGAGAUGUCGAAGUCCUGUAAGGGUCUGGCAGUGGAGCUUGUGAAAUGUCUGAGCGAGAGCCCGUGUAUGAAGGAGGAAAACCGAUCGUACAGGGAUUGUGCUGGCGAAAAGCCUCCUGUCAUACCCACCGAAUGUGUAGGACUUCGAGAAACUUAUUAUCAGUGCAAGCGUGGUCAGGUUGACAUGAGGACGCGUAUACGAGGAAACAAGGGAUACUGAGAACUUUCUGUCUGUUCGUUAAAUUGACCUCCAUUCUCAGCCCACAAAGCAAGCCCAUAGCUGCAGGUUGACGGUAUGAACUCAAGUUAAAACCUUGUCGAUAAGAGCUGUUGGAGCUAUCGGCUGAUCAAAUUUUCACGUUUCCAAGAUCCUUUGCGGCUUUACAUCUUCUUUUGUUCAAAAGUGGAGGGAAGGCGUUCAGUGUUCGAAGAAUAUUACUCUAAAAGUCUGGAGUCUUUUAGGAAAAUUGAUUUUAUAUCUACAAACCAAACUCAAGUCAAGAUAUCUACAUUAGUGUGUUGUUUCUUUUCCAAAGUCUGAUACUAAGCUUAAGUAGAAAUACCUGUGUUUCGGAAGACGGAUUCUAAUAAAUUGAAGGGGCACAUUUAUUGUC